AUGCAUUCUUGGCAAUUUACGCACCUGUCAUGGAUAGGACGGAUUAAUUCAGUGAAAAUGACCAUCUUGUCGAAAUUGUUAUACUAUUUUCGCACCCUCCCAGUGCGGGUUCCUCCCAAUUUCUUUCGGUUGGUUCAGGCGAAGAUUAUGCGUUUUAUCUGGGCCGAUAAACACCCCAGAGUUUCCAGAACUACGCUUUUUGUCCACAGACUCCAGGCUGGCCUUGGGGUUCCCAAUGUAACUAAUAAUAUUAUCAGGCGAGCCAGAUUGCCCCACUAUCUAUGUUGCAUGCUUCCUCAGACAUACCUCUCUGGGUCCUGCUGGAAUUACCUAAUUGUGCCCCUAUUGCAAUUUCGACACUUCUAUGGCUUCCCCCUGCCCUGCGCCCCAUGGCACUGAGUCCGAUUUUGCUCCAUGGCUUACAAGUGUGGGACUCGGUACGUUACUCCAGUGGCCUAAUGUCACCUUUCUUGCCUUUGCUCCCGAUUACUAACAACCCCCUCUUUUUACCGGGUUUAGAUCAACCAAGGGCGUUUUCUUGGUGGGUGGCCAAUGGUUUUUCACAAGUACGACUGUCAGGGCUCCCGGUCCAUUCCUGACAACGACACUUUUUGACCUCUCGGUCCUUCCCCACCUGGUAUUCUUACCUUCAACUGCGGCAUUGGUUGCUCUCAUUGCGGGGCACUUCUGUUUUUCCAUACCAGAAAUCUGCCUUUGAACUGCUUUGCCAACAGCGUCCGAGCGCCCCGGGCCUUAUCUCUCUUCUUAAUGCAGCCUUGAAUAGACGCUUGUUGCAUACUUCUCUUUCAUAUGUUGUUCAGUGGGAGCGCGACCUGGGAGUGGUUGUGGAUCCGGA